ACUUGACACACCACCGACCACCGACUCUUUUCUUCUAACCCUACUUUUUUGGGGUUCUUUUUGGGUCCUGUCUUUUUAUCAAUAUAACAUUUAAAUAAAUACUUAAGAAAUGGCACACAUAGAAAGGCCUAUUAAAGUAUCCAAACUGCUUCGUUAUAAAGCUCAAGAAUUUCUUGAAUCUAGUAGAAAUCCUGAUAUACUGAAUCAAAUUAUAAACCAUUUUGAUUCUGGGCUGGACACUGUAUCUUGUCUUCUCGCCUUGGAAAUGAUUUUUACAAAUUUAUUGAAAGAUAGGAGCAUGUAUGUGGAAAUUAUACCCUUAAAGCCGAUAGAAAGGACCCCCGAAAAUCAACAUAAACAAUGGCUAAAAGAAACUUACGAAGGAUGUUUUAACCUAAAAAUAUUAAACUGUUUAGAACAUGAAUCUGCAAGAAUCAAAUUACAAGGGUUAUCAACAGCAAUGAAUAUAAUUGCCCAUGAAGGCAGACACCCCUUAGAGUCUAAAGGCACAUUAGAGAAUUAUGUACCAUUAGGAAAACUAAAACUAAUAUUAAUGAAAAUUCUUUCUAAUAAGUAUAAUAACACCAAUCUCAUAAACAAAUAUACAGAAUAUUUAUUAUUUGAUGAUAUUCUUUUUUUUACAUGGAAAAUAUUACCUUCUUUGACUCACAAAUCUAAUCCAAAUGAAACAUAUAUUAUAAAUUACCUAGGAUUACUGGAGAAACUACAAAUAUAUCCAAAUAGUGAAAGAAAAGUUUUGUGUGCAGAGGAAAAUGUUAAUUUUUUUACGUUUGAUGAAAACGUUACUAAACGAUGCCUCAAUAAAAUAUGGCAUUGCAUUAUGUAUUGGAUGCACACAACAAAUACAUUAAAGCAGUUGCUUAUAGUUCUUCUUGAAAAAGUGUUGGUCCAUCUUGAAAAACCACUACUUUUAACCGACUUUCUUAUGGAUUCGUUAGAUGUAGGUGGUCCGGUUAGUCUUUUGGCACUGCAAGGAAUAUUUACAAUGAUUCAAGUACACAAUUUAGAUUAUCCAAAUAUUUUUGCCAAGUUGUAUUCAAUGUUUGAACCAGAAAUUUUUCACACAAAAUACAAAGCCCGGUUAUUCUAUUUAUCGGACCUAUUUUUAAGUUCCACACAUUUACCCGAAAAUAUGGUAGCUGCAUUUGCUAAAAGAUUAGCUCGAUUGGCCCUUUUAGCUCCUUCAGAAGACAUUAUCAUAAUAUGUAAUUUUAUUGGAAAUUUAGUAUUAAGACAUCCUGGAUUAAAAUGUCUUCUUCAUAACGGUAAUGGAGUAACGGCUAGUUCAGAUCCAUAUAUUAUGGAGGAACGAGACCCACUUAAGUCUAAUGCUAUUAAUAGUUCCCUGUGGGAAUUACAAACCCUACAAAAUCAUGUUCAACCCAGUGUUGCAAAUGCUGCUAAGUUUAUAAAUUCACCGCUGCCAUCUGUGGAAUGGGACAUAGGUAAAAUCUUGGAAAACACUGGUGAUGACAUAUUUGAUAAAGAAGUCAAAAAAUUUAGUAAACUGAUAGUAUUACAGUUUGAACAGCCUAAAGGUUUAUCUCUGAAUCGGGGAGAAAAAGUUUCAAUGUAUUGGGAAUUUGACUAAGAUUGUAAAUUUGAAUUUAAAUGUGAUCUUAAGUUAAUCUGAUAUGUUUCUACAGCUUAUAUUUUGUAUAGCUUCUACAGUCUGUAAUUAGGUUUUCCAAUAGCAUAGUGAGUACCCUUUUAAAUUAUAAUUUUAUUGUUCUGAGUUCAAAAUAAAUUACAAGUAUAUUUUUCAGUUAAUACAGGACGAUCCAAUUUUAACGGUUUUCAUAUUAUUAUUUAUGAAAGAAGUAAUUAUACAAACUCACAAGUUUGCAUAAGCCUCUGUGUAAUAUUUUAAAUGGCUUUGUUUUUAUAUGCUGUUUAAAGUCUCGAAUAACAGCAUUUCGUUAAACUCUUUUCUAAAUUGUUCAGAACCUUUAAUUUAAAUGUAUUUACAAUUGUAUAGCAGUGUUAAAUUAUAGAGUUCUGUUGAUCAUUGUUGGAUAUUAAGGAAUUUUCUGCCUUUUAUGCAAAAUAAACAUAAAAUGUGGUCAUACCUACUUUUUUGUUAAGUUACCAAAAUUAUCUCUAUACAGGGCUGAGUGAAAUACCAGGCUGAGCGUGCAUUAGAAAUUUCUAGAGAACUACAAUAUCUAGAUCGGAGAUUUUUUGCACAUCAUUGCUUCAGGAGAUCUAUCGAUUAAAAAUAUUUUCAAUAUGGCGGCACUUCCGGAAAUACCGGAAGUUGACAGCAACGUUCUUAUUUUAUAUGGGCAUCCCUAUUUUUUAUUACAUACCCAAAUUCUACAUAAAUUUUUAUGAAUUUUAAUAUCAAACAUUCUCAGUCUUGUAAUAUUGGCCGUAGCUGUCAUGAAACUGAGCUAUAAAUAA